AUGCGACCACCGGGCGCCUUGUUGCAGGCGGUGAUCAACCACGUCGCUCUGCCGGCGCAGCUUCCUACCCAUGAAGAUACGGACCCAGGACUUGUCGAUCAUGCGCUCAUUGAUCGCUUGAUAACGGCUGCCCUCACCUUGCGCAACCUGUCAAAUGGCGACUCGAUUCAAACAUGGGAAGAUGCUCGGUUCGCUCUGGCGACUGCCAAAGCGCUUAACGUCAAUCGGAAGCUGGAGAAAUCUAUAUUGCUCGAUGAGUUCAGACUACUUCGCAAAAACAUCCUCAUCCUACAUGUCACCCAACAAAAUGCUGGUCUUCUCAUCCGCCGGAGUGGCGAUACCGAUGAAAGCACCAUCAUCGUCGAAGCUUUCGAAGUGUCGCCUCCGUCGGAGAAGGUUCUAGCUGCUGAAGGCGCUUUACAAUGGGACUUCCCUGGAUCCGUAGUAGCCAUUCCCUCUGCGGUCUUCUUGGACGACUCAUUCCAAAACCAACUGGCCGCGUUCCUCGAGCAAGCGAGUACAGAAUCGGUCAAGCGCUUUGCAGCUCAAGCAUGGAAGUCUGGCGUAUCCGUAUUCGAGAGCAGAGACACUGGAGAUCCGGCUUUGAUCACUCAGAUGCUCAUGACUUUGUUGGAGGCAUACGGGCAUCGGGUUUCCCCUCCGCGGCUGCGUAAACGGAUUCACGAUGACGUGUGCUUCGACAAGGCUGGAAACCCAUGGAGACGGUCUGCGUACUGGCUGGUGCUGCGCGUGGGCCUUUACAGAUUUCUCUCAACAUUGCACGGCGGUGAAACCGGAAGGGUGUACUACAAGUUCAUUCUCUGUGUGGCCCUCGCUCUCCUCAUGAAUGAUGCCAUUGGCACAAUUAAUCUCGAUCUACUGGACUUCAUGAAAAGGAAGUUAUCUCGGCGUCUCGCGAAAUUGGAGGUGAACAAAAUUCAUGCCUCCGCCCAUACUCGCCCAUUGUACGAGGCUAUGUUUACUAUGUUGGAUACACUCUUCAAAACGACACUUGGAAACGCGAACAAACGGAUCGAGGCCGAAUGGGCUUUCCUCAAGAAGUCUAUCCAGAGACCGGUCCCUCGACUGCUACGCAAUACCCCCCGGAACGACACUGUCCUGUCACUCCCUUGUAGCAUAGUCUACCUACAGAAAGUCAUGGCGUGGCAGCAACAUCAGAAUGUUGUACAUCACGUCCCAAGGUAUUUCGACUUCGCCAGAGUUACUGACGCCACCUUCCAUGUAUUCGCACGGCGCUACUUCAGCUUGUGCGAACUUGAAUCCGUUGUCAAGCAAAGCCUGUCAAGAGAACCACUAUCAAGAGAGGACUUGUAUAUGCGUUGCGAGCAGCUUGCGGAGCAGAUUCACCAGUACCUGGACGCUGUCGGUGACUCGUACGACUCCGACCCUGAGCAGAAGAGCACCAUGCUGCUGAUUGUCAUGCGACUGUGGAUGGCAAUGGACCGAUACGCAAUUGACCUUUUUCCACUUUUGGCUGAGUUCAAUCCUAACGUAUCUCCCAAUUCUUUGGACGUCUUACGCCUACCGCAUUCUGUUGACCUGCAUCAUCUGAUGGACUUACAACAAUACCUAAAGCGCCGUUGGGAGGAUUGCGACUCUACUACACGGUCGAUCUUUGACGAACCUCGUAAAGGCUGCUUUGCACAGAGGUACUACGACAGCUCAGACGCCGCUACAAGCCUACGGGAAAUUCACGCGGCCAUCAAGAAGAAGGCAGAGAUACAAGCCGCUGAGAAACGGAGUGAAUGGGAAAUGAAGACAGAAGAAUAUGACGAGCUCGGAAGGCAAAUUGCGAGACUCUCAUGUGUCUACGUCCUCAUCGAUGGUGAACGAGUUCAUGACCGCCACUGCCCAAAGUGCAUUUUGAGCAAGAAAGCCGAUUAUAUGAUCAUCCGAGUCCACGAACACCCACUUCCACACAACGACGACGAGGCCAAGGCGGUGAUAUUUGAGCUUGCUUGUCCGAAGGCUUUUUCUGUAUAUCGCAACGCGACUUGGAGAAUAUUGGGUGUCCUCGCGCGGCCAAAGCAGCCAUUCUCUCCGGAACCGCUCAUGAUGCUGCAGAAUUACUCCGAACUUCAGGCCUGGUCAGGCAGAGCUGUACGCCACGGGGUAGUCCUUGCGUCUAUAAAAAAGUCUUUCCUACAGACGCACUACGGAAAGCCUCCUCGCAAAUACUUUCCCGUUCCUUGCGAAGAUGUCAUACUCAAGAACGGAUUGGAGCUGGCCUAUUACGAUACCGCCACUAAGUCCUGGCCUGGAAGCCGCAGUGCGAAACCAACAUUCGCGCACCACUGCCAGAUCGAAAUUCCUUCCAAUUCACCGUUUUCUUCGUUACAGUCGUCGCCGGGUUUCGCUGUAGAUUCAAAUGGCCCCUCCUCAUACGAAGUCAUCGCCAGCCAGACGAAGUGUCCUAGUGGGCUGAACACGCAUGAGUAUAUGGCCUACCAGAAUCUUCUCUCGGGGAAACACAGGAGAUGGCUUGCCAUCCUCAUCGAACUCGGCUCUUCCAAUCUCAACUUCAGCAUGGAGGCUCCUUCGUCGCUGGUCUCUCACCUCGCAUUGCAGGCCGGACCGUUCCACGGCAUAGACCCACUUCGCAUCACACACAAGGUCUUCAAAGAUCCGUCUUUCUGUGACACACUUUCAGGGCAGAUCAACAAGCGUCUUGAUGGCGUUGCUUCCAAUUGGCGCGAGACAAACUCCAUGGACAUGCUAAUCACCUUGAUUCUAAGGUUUCAUUCCCUUGCGGACGACACCAAUGUUCUUCAAGCAGGAAAGCUCUUGGAAAAAGCUCGUUCAAUUACGUCCCAAUGGAUCCGCCAGCUCCGUGUUGAGAUCUGGAAGUCUACCGACCUCACCACGUCACGUAGGAACUCACAGUAUGCUCUCAGUGCUUCCUUGCUCUGCCGCAGGACAUUCCAUCUGUACAGCGACAUGUCUCAAGUUACUCUACAACCCGGAGUACUUCGUCUGUUCAUAGAGGCAUCAAUCGCUCUUCAAGACAACCUCGGCGGAGAUCCUGCGGCAUUUUCUCCAGGACUGAAGCGCGCACUUAUCAGAGAUCUGAAAGCGACGUACUCUAUGCGAUACCUCCUCCUUCGGUCAAUCAAGGCCAGCCCAGAAAGCCUCUGCUCCGUCAUUGAUGAUGUAUGGCCGUUGGGCCAGGGGGCUGAUUCCAGAACAUACACGCCUCUGCACUUCCAUGAUGAACAAGAUGAUCACAUUUUGAUCACGCUUCAUACCGAGGCUACGCAGGCAACCAAAAGACAAGCAGUGGAGUACGAGCUACUCAGCGGGUCACUCUAUAUUGAUGGUCAAAAAUUGGGCCAACUUCCAGCGGAGCAUCGCGAGUCUGUGAUGUUGGUACAGCUCUUUGGUCACCAAAACCUUCUGACCUGGCCCUCAAGGCUUCCUGGAAUGAGAUAUCAGCUGUCGCAUAUUGUGGAAGGGCAUGAAAUCCAUAUCGGAUUUCGCGGCGAUGUGCUUUUUGUUCGAGCAUGCCACAUGGGCUCAAUACUAGAGUUCAUUCCUGCCGAAAAGUUCGGGACCAAGUCUUAUUUUGACUUGCCAGCCUCACUUCUCAAUAACUGCGUCCAUUGGCUUGAUGUCAGGACCGGAACACUGGAAGUAAGACAGCGUCCUAAAAUCUGGAGACACAAGCGCAGCAACUGGAUUCUUGACGUCAACACCCGCGAAGCGUGGCGUAAGAACAGCAUCCUAGUCGAUCCUCAUAGUCAGACUUUUCAGAAGAUCGCGCGCGUCUUCAGUCGGUUUGAGUAUCCGGCUGAACUUACAGUGUACCAGCCACAGAGAUUUCCACUAUCCGUUGAGAUUCGGCGCCUGGAACUGACUUUCUUUGUUAAUCGCACCUGCCUUCUCGAGUGCAAAGAGCUACGUUCAGAGAUCGACCCCAAUCAGGAUGCAGGAACUUGGUACGGGUUGAACAGUAAACUCGUUCUAAGAGACACUUCAAACCACAAGCGGCGCAGCAUCAUUGUUCCCAUGGGUUCACUUACCACAGUCAAGAACCAGUUCCAUGUUGCGGUGGAUGUAGCCAACGAAGGUACCUACGCAAGGUAUAUCAUCAAUGACGUCCUUGGACGACUCGAAUGCCCCGCCGAGCCGUGGCUGCUCUACAAGAAGGCCCAGUUCCACGCCUACACGUCUUUCAUGGUACCAGACCCACUUACGGGCCGCACUGGAAGCGAGGAAGCGCUCGAUGCCCUAAGCUCAGGACUUUAUCAGCCGUGGACGCCGCUCUCAGUGGGUCCUCUACAAUGCAUUCUCUCGAUCGCUAAACUGGCGCCGAAAAGGGUGUACUAUCCAAAAGACUCUAAGUUCAUGCAGCAAGUACAUUGGGACCCUGAUUUGACCAUCGCAAUUCAGCACGAAGGCUUCAGGUUCCUCGCGGAGCAAAUCUACCAGAAAAAUGAGACGCUCUCCCUGUUUGCCUCUGGAAAAGCAGAGUUGCCUGUGCUAGAGCCAGCAGGUAACCGGCACCUCUUGCAGCGCGGCUAUGCAAAGCGCGUUUUAUACGAGAGAUCUGGUUACUCACGUACGGAACAGCAAGGAGCGGCAGAGACGGUCUACAUCAGUCGCGAUGCCCCGAAGACUAGCAAGAUGCGACAGAACGUUUUCGAAAGCACUCUACUUCUCAGACAAUGGCCGUCAAGGAUUUUUUCGACCCAGGAUCUGGCCGGAGUCUUGCAAAGCUGGCCUACAAUUGGUGGAUAUGAUCGUGUGUUCGACAAAGUACUCAUCAGCGAUCGUCUAAACGUCAAUUUCGGCUUAGAGUGGGGUGCACUUGUCAGGCUUUGCCUUGAAGCAACCUCGAAGGACCUUCACCGCUUGGCAUUCUUAUUUGCAAUGCUGUCAUUUUGGGACGAUGCCAACAUGGAUGUCAUACGAACUCUCAUUGCAUUUGCGGUGCUUGACCAGCUCAAGUGCCUCGAUCCUCCACAGUGGGCGUCGUACUCCCACUUCCGGUUCAACCACGUUCCGACAGUGGACUACAUCACGCAGUUGAUCAAGCCCUGCGCUGUGCCUUACCCCGGCGAUGAACGAGAUGAGCUUUUGAGUAUCGGUUUCAAGCUUCGCAAGAGAUUGGAGAAAGCUCAGCUCUUGCACGAAGGGCAGACUGAGGCUGACUGCAACACCAUGGCCAUUCUCCUCGUUUCCCAGUGGCCAUGCCAUAGCCCGACUUUGACGGGCCCUAGCGAGCCUCUGUUAAUUGACGUGGAGCAGGCCAUGACAAUUGUGCGUCCUGAGUGGCAGCGCCUCUUUGAAAACAUCGAGCAAUCUCGGUACAUUGAACAAGUACAACGAGUUCUGGACCGCUGUCACUGUGACAUGGAGACCGUACAACCAGACAACAGACCAACAGGCGAAGAGGUGCUCUACACGGGCUUUCACUUCAACGUCAUCCCGUCUGUAUUGGGGGAACUGAUGAGGAAAGCCGGUCCAGCUGCUUUCCCAACAGUUGCAUCGCCUAGCAAUUCUGCAAACGGCCUUCGAUCGAUUGCAGGGAAUGUUCUGGCAUUGAGGCCUGUGAACACCGAACGUGGUGUUACUCCGACCGUUUCUUUAGCAAAGGCUCCGGUUAUCAACACCAGAACCUCUCGAGAGGCCAAUGAGCUAAGGCAGAUCAUCACCGGUAUAACCAAGUCCAAGUCGCACGUUCAACAGCAGUAUGCGAGAGAUCUGCUGCAGAGUCUUGAAGCAUUUGAAAGCAUUCAAGGCGAACAGAGUCAUUUCGCUCAGUCUGUACCAAGAAUCACGCCAGCUUCGACACUGACGACGUCGCAAAAGUUCGUGCAAAGCCAGCUGAUGCUAAUCCAAACCGCUCUGAAAGCUGGCGACCUACGUGCGAAGUGGUUGUGUGAGGGUGGCCUGUGGCCGUGUACCAGUCCGAUCGCGCUCCUUGAACAAUUACGCUCGAAUUCAGAUACUGUCUUUGGUACUCAUAUGAAGGAGAGCCUUGUCAACUUCGCAUUGUCCAUCACCCAACUACAGCAUCUUCUCAGGAUCGAGGACGCUACCGUCAAGAACAACCAACAGCGCCUCCGCGAGGAAGAGAGAAAUGCCGGCCAUCAGAAUUGGUCUCCAUUUGACCGCACAGAUUGGAUACUUUUGGAGAUUGACGCAGAUAUACUCCUAAGGCCAGAGCAGGUAGAUGUCGCCAUUGCUACUCUGGAACCAUCUUCGGGAUCGAAUUCUGUCUUACAGAUGAACAUGGGACAAGGUAAAACGUCAUGCAUCAUGCCGAUGGUCGCUGCUGUCUUAGCCGACUCAAAGCAGCUCGUGAGAGUCAUCGUCCCAAAGGCUCUUCUUUUACAAACCGCCCAAAUCCUACAGAGUCGACUUGGAGGUCUCCUUGGCCGUGAAGUCAAGCAUGUUCCGUUCUCCCGCAAGACGCCAACGAAUGAGAACACUAUCAAGGCUUUCUUCGGCAUACAUGAUUCCGUCAGGAAGAGUUCUGGUGUGAUGGUGGCGUUGCCCGAGCACGUCAUGUCCUUCAUGUUGAGCGGAGCCCAGCGGCUGUUGGACGUUCGUAUUCCAGAAGCCAAGCAGAUGGUGAACGUCCAAGGCUGGAUGCGGAAGGUCUGCCGCGACGUGCUCGAUGAAUGCGACUUCACGCUCGCGGUUCGAACACAGCUGAUUUAUCCAUCCGGUCCACAAAGCGCAGUUGACGGCCAUCCGCAACGGUGGGAAACUGCCGAAGCUUUGCUACACAUGGUUUACAGCCACCUAUGGAAUCUGGAAGAGAAGUUUCCGAGGAGCAUAGAAGUCUUCCGGAGGCCUCAAGGCGGCUUUCCAUUUGUGUUCUUCCUUCGCAACGACGUUGAGGAAGCCCUGAUCAGGCGCAUAGUCGACGACAUCAUCCAUGACCGAACCUCAAUCAUCCCCAUGAUGGAUUGUACACAGACCGAGCGAAACGCGAUUCGGAAUUUCAUCACCCAAGGGCGUGUCAGCCAAACCGUGGCAGACCGGAUUGAGCAAUUAUUUCCCGACAAGCCCAUCGCCAAGCAGAACUUGUACCUCUUACGAGGCUUGCUUGUCCAUCGAAUUCUGCUCCUUGCUCUGAAGAAGCGUUGGAAUGUACAGUACGGACUUCAUCCAGCCCGGGAUCCAAUCGCUGUCCCAUAUCAUGCAAAGGGUGUGCCAUCAGAGCAGGCUGAAUGGGGUCAUCCAGACGUCUCCAUCCUCUUCACCUGUCUUUCCUUUUACUUCGGAGGAUUGGCACCUUUGCAGCUACGCCAGUGCCUAGAGCAUGUGGACAAGUCCGAUGACCCGUUUGGCGAGUAUGAUCGGUGGACGCAUGCUUGUAGCUCAUUGCCUGACGUCAUGAGAGAUUGGAACGUCAUCAACUCCGAUGAUGAGCUACAGCUGGCAGAACUCUGGAAAUAUCUGCGCUACGAAGUCAUAGUGGUUGACUACUUUCUGAAUCACUUUGUCUUCCCAAGACAUGCUAAGCAAUUUAACCUCAAGAUUCAGGCUUCGGGAUGGGACAUUCCCCUUCUGCCAUUGUCUCCACCCGAUGGCAAAGCCCAAAGUUCAGUAAGGAAGUACAAGCCUCUUACCACCGGAUUUAGCGGCACCAACGACAACCGGACGAUGCUUCCUUUGACGAUCAAGCAACAAGAUCUCCCUGGACUCUCACACACGAACGCAGAGGUUUUGACGUAUCUGUUGCAGCCUCGAAGCCGCCAUUACGUUCUCGCCGCAGAUGAACGUGGUCGUCGUCUAUCUGAGACAGCUUUGCUCUGGAAGCUUUUCAACAUGAAGAUCCGGAUUUUGAUCGAUGCAGGUGCCCAAAUUCUGGAGAUGGAAAACCGCGAUUUGGCCAGGGAAUGGCUUCUCAUUGACCACGAGGCCUCAGCAGCCGUAUACUUCGAUGCUGCAAACAAGCCUUACGUGCUUUAUCGCAACAAUUCUCAAGUCCCUUUGCUGGCGAGUCCAUUCGCCAAUGAUCUUGAAGGUUGCGUCGUCUACCUCGAUGAGGCGCAUACUCGGGGAACAGACCUGAAAAUGCCGGCUUCAGCAUGUGGGGCUUUGACAUUGGGAUUGGGCCAGACAAAGGACCACACAGUUCAAGCUGCCAUGAGACUUCGUCAGUUGGCCACAACGCAAUCAAUCAAAUUCUUCGCCCCUCCCGAAGUCCACCAAAGCAUUCUGGAUCUCCGAAAGAAAACCACCGUGGAUUGGAUCGACUCUUCUGACGUAGUCUACUGGCUUCUCGAACAAACCUGUAACGGCAUUGAGCAACUGCAGCCGCUGUACUACUCUCAGGGUGUUGACUUCUGCCACCGCAGCCAAGCCGGCAUUGACAACCCCGAUAUACUCAUGGAUGCCGAGCAACGCAAGGCUUAUGUCAAAGCCGUUCGACAGAAAGAGCAUCAGACUCUUGAGCAACUCUACAGCGGCAAAGCUUCCAAGGCCUCAAAGCCAACUACGAAGUCAGGAGACUAUUCUCAAGGCAUUUCCGCAUACAUGAAAGAGCUCAAUCAGCGCCGCAAACGCUUCCAGGAUUUCGGCAACGCUGUCCACGGGUCUGCGCUGCAGGAGGUUGAGCAAGAAAGAGAAGUCGCGUAUGAGGUCGAAUCCGUCCGCGAGGUGCAAAAGCCAGUUCACUAUCGACCGUUGUCUUUCUCGGGUUUGCACAAAGACAUUUCAAUCUUCAUCAGGACCGGUCGACUCCCCGCAGGUUACUCCAGUGUCGAGGAUGUCUUUGCAGCUCUUCGGCGCACGCACCUGGGCAUUAAGUUCGGCAUCAACAGCGGGGCUUCAGAGUCGAAGUUCUUUGUCUCAAGGGAGUUCUCUCAGACAGUGCAACUACAACGUCCAAAUGACGAUUUCAUGCGCCAAGUCAACUGGAUUUUGUGGAGCAAGAUCGCCGAGACAGCCAUUGUCGUAUCCCCAGAAGAGGCAGAGGAGGUUCUCGCGAUCCUUGGAGAGCUCGGCAAAUCGGGUGUUCAUCUGAUUACCUACGCCGCCCCUGUCACCCGACGCAUGCUGCAUUUCAACGACCUGAAGUUCUACGCUACUCCCCCUCUACCCACCAAUUGGCAAUGCCCGGAGUGGCUCAGAGUUGAGCUCGGCAUCUUCGCAGGCCGCCUCUACUAUGAGUUUCAUGAACAUGAGGCUCUCGUCAAGUUCCUCGGUUGUGGAAAGGACGACAAGGAGGUAUCGAUGAACGGCACGAACGACACAAGCGGCACCGUGGAUGGAGAGGAGAUUUCCCAGAUUGCAGCCCAAUCGGAUGCCCAUGGCGGCCAUGGAAGCCCACAGAGCUUCACUGAAAAGCCGCUCACAUUCCUGCAAGAGUGGCUUGCUGUGCGUCGGAAGGGUCAGGACUUCACACAUACGCCUAUGGGCCACGUCUGUCAAGGAAAGUCUCUCGUGGCCAGCCACCCCUUCUUCUCACAGGCCAGGCCCGAAGAAUCUUCAAAAAUCAACGCUGCUCCUACGCUGGCUGGCAUGAUUAGACAGACGCCUGCGGCUGCCGAAGAUUCGGAUCCCGACACGGACUUCGACGACGACUUCUUGGACGCGGAGGAGGGCUUGGAUGAAGAGGACUUCUUGGAUGCGGAAGAGGAGCUUAGCGAUCUUGACGACAGGGACCGCGACGAGGUGCUUGCGAGGGAGCCUGAGGAGGAAUCUGACGGCAGCGAGGAGAGUUAUUAG